AUGGCCGAAGUCGAGGACGCAGUCAAAGAUCCCACCAGCCUCGUGCAAAGCAUGUUGCAUUCCAUCUGCACAAACAUGGCAGUGAGCUGCGCAAGAGAGGUCAUUCCCGAAGUGCACAGUCCGCAUGUUUUCACCGUGGAAUUCCUCCAGCCUCUUUACCUCAUUUGCGCCUUCCUCGACAUCAGUCCUGAAGGCAAGCAACUUGGCGACACGUAUGGCACGGCAUCCUCAUGGAAGCAGCCAAUCUGCUGGCCUAAAACCUAUCGGCUCGAAGCAUUCCUCGUCAAGCAGUCAGGAAGAAAGUACGAGCUCCAGAAGACCUGCAUGAGGGACGGGCCGGCCAGGCAUGUGCUCGAGAUCGAGGGACUACGUACAGAGCUGCUGCGCAACACAGAGGCGAUGGAGGCUCUGUUGGCGGAGAACGAGCGGUUGCAGGCGGAGAACGAACGGAUUCAGGCGGAGAACUCGCAGCUGCGGCGGGAGAAAUGCCACUAUGUGAGGCUACUUGAGUCGGCAGGCGUGCCGGCGCCGUCUUCACUUGAGCUUUCGCUGUUGGCUGCGGCUGAUGACGGAAUUCUGGCAGGGGGGGUCGGGGAACCAACUUCUGAUUACGAAGAGGAUGACCCGGGUACUAGCUCUGCUAGUGAUCAAGACAGUUCAUUGUCUGAUGCCCCUGCGCUGGUACCGGCCACGAAGGCGAAGCGCAAAGGCUGGAAGGAUGUGAUGCAUACUAGGCAUUGUCGACAGCGCUGGAGUGAAAUUGAAGAGCUACUUACGCAGAAAGAUCUUGCCGAUGUCGAAUCCGAACUUCGGCGUCUGACACGGCACUUGCCGCUAGAGUUCAAGGUCACCCGGCGGCGCGACACUGAUCAUGUUUUUGUGACCCGUUUACGCCAUAGUCUUUGGGUUGGGAAAUAUGUGGAACUUUACGACACUAUCGAUGAGCGGAUGCUUCCAGUUGCAGGCGCGUUGUUAGCACUUUUCAAGACGGUCCCAAAGAAGACCAGGAAUUCUGCUUUCAAAGCCUGUUGGAAUCGCCACAACGCGAUUCAUGGCAUGUACGUUGGAAGAUGUCAUGCUCUUGGUUAUAACACCAGUGGGGAAAGUCUGGCCGGCGAAAGCUGA